UUGCUUGGUUAAAUAAGGUCUCCUAAGGAUAACGUUCUCUAAUCUCCAAAGAUGGCAGCUGUUGCAGUGCUAGAGGAGGUACUGGUUUCCAUUGAAAAUGAGCUGCAGGCAGUGGAGAUGCAGAUUCAGGAGCUUGUGGAUAAACAGCAGGAACUCAUUCAAAAGAAGAUGAGGGUAAAGAGUCUGAUAAAGCAGUCCUCAGGAGACUUGGAGGCAGGUGGAAGUAAAGACACCGAAACCUCAGCCGAGGCAUGGAACAAAAAAGAUUUUCCGUGGUAUGAGAAGAUAAAAACUGCACUGCAGAGCAAGUUUAAACUCCAGAAGUUUAGGUCCUUGCAACUUGAAACAGUAAAUGCUGCAAUGGCGGGAAAGGAUAUAUUUCUUGUCAUGCCCACAGGUGGUGGAAAGAGCCUUUGCUAUCAGUUACCAGCUGUCUGUUCUGAUGGUUUCACACUUGUGAUAUGUCCUUUGAUAUCACUUAUGGAAGAUCAGCUCAUGGUUUUGGAACAGCUUGGUAUUUCUGCAACUUUAUUAAAUGCCUCAAGCAGUAAGGAACACGUGAAGUGGGUUCAUACUGAAAUGCUAAACAGAAAUUCGCAACUGAAGCUCAUUUAUGUGACCCCGGAGAAGAUUGCAAAAAGCAAAAUGUUCAUGUCAAAGCUAGAGAAGGCUUAUCAAGCAGGGUGUCUUGCUCGCAUUGCUGUAGACGAGGUCCAUUGCUGUAGUCAAUGGGGCCAUGACUUCAGGCCUGACUACAAGUAUUUUGGUAUCUUGAAAAGACAGUUUCCCAAUGCUCCCUUGAUUGGAUUGACAGCAACUGCUACAAAUCAUGUUUUAAAGGAUGCUCAGAAAAUUUUGCAUGUUCAGAAGUGCAUUACCUUUACUGCUUCUUUCAACCGGCCCAAUCUUUACUAUGAGGUUCGGCAUAAGCCUUCAAAUAAUGAAGAUUUCAUUGAAGACAUAGUUAAGAUCAUUAAUGGAAGAUACAAAGGACUCUCAGGAAUCGUUUACUGUUUUUCUCAGAAGGAUUCUGAGCAAGUUACUGUGAGUUUGCAGAAACUGGGAAUCAAGGCAGGGACUUACCAUGCAAACAUGGACGCUAAAUACAAGACCAAAGUUCAUAAAGGAUGGGCAGCAAAUCAAAUCCAGGUUGUAGUGGCGACUGUUGCUUUUGGCAUGGGGAUUGAUAAACCUGACGUGAGGUUUGUAAUUCAUCAUUCUAUGAGCAAAUCCAUGGAGAACUACUACCAAGAGAGUGGACGUGCAGGUAGAGAUGACCAAAAAGCUGACUGCAUUUUGUAUUACGGUUUUGGAGAUAUAUUCAGAAUCAGCUCAAUGGUGGUGAUGGAAAAUGUAGGGCAAGAGAAGCUGUAUGAUAUGGUGUCUUACUGUCAGAAUAUGAACAAGUGUCGCCGGGUCCUCAUAGCCCAUCAUUUUGAUGAAGUAUGGGAUUCUGCAAACUGCAACAGAAUGUGUGAUAACUGCUGUAGAGAGAACUCAUGUGAGAAAAUGGAUAUAACAGGAUACUGCAGGGAUCUGAUCAAGAUACUCGAGCAAGCUGAAACCAUGAGUGAGAAACUCACGCCACUGAAAUUAAUCGAUGCGUGGUCUGGGAAAGGCGUAUCAAAACUCAGAGUGGCUGAAGUUACUCCACCAAAGCACCCUCGAGAGGAACUGGAGAGGAUUAUUGCCCAUUUACUGCUGCAGCAGUAUCUGAAGGAAGACUUCAGCUUCACGGCAUUUGCUACAAUAUCCUACCUGAAGAUAGGACCAAAAGCAAGUCUGCUGAAAAAUGAGGCACAUGUCAUCACUAUACAAGGGAUAACAAACAAGAAAAGUGUUUACAAGGACAAACCAUCUCAAUCUUCGAAUUCAAAAGGAAGCAGAGAAAAUGCUCAGACUAUUUCAAAGACUGUCCAAGAUUCAGCGGUGAAGAAUUCACAGGAACAUAAACGGCCUAACUGUGGUUCUAACUUAAAAGCAAAGAAGCUUAAGCUUCAGGCAGGUGGAGAUGACCAACCAGUAGUUCUUGACUGAGUUUCACAGACUACAUUUAGGAUCUAAUCAUGUUUGCUUCUCCAUGGACAAUCCAGUGUGUAAGUUCAGUUUGUGUUUUAGUAAUGGUAUUUUUUGUGCAUUUUUUUAAUAAAAACAAGCAGCAGGGAAACAAGUAUCUUUAAAACCCUCAAAAGUCUAGUAGUCAAGGGAAAAAUGCUUCAUAUAAAAAUAACUGGUGCAUAUCUUACAAUACAGCACCGACUACAAAAUGCAAAUAAUUACCGUGUUACCUUUUGAACUCUUUUGGAAGUGUAGUGUAUAGUAACACUAUUGCAGAAUCACGCAGGCUGGAAGGGACUUCCAGAGAUCAUCUAGUCCAACCUCCUGCUCAAAGCAGGUCCAGUUGGAACAGGUUGCUCAGGGCUGUGUCCGGUUAAGUUUUGACCGUCCCCAAGGAUGGAGAUUCCACAACCCCUCUCAGCACCUGUUCCAGUACUUGACCACCUUCAUGACCAAAAAAAAGAAAAAAGGAUAUUUCUUAGAGCUAAUUGUUAUCUCCUGUGUUGCAACGUCUGUUCCCUCUUGUCCUAUCACUGUGUUCUUCCAAGAAGAGUCUGGCCCCACUGCUGCUAUGCUCUUCCAUUAGGUAGUUGAAGACAACAGCAAGAUCACAACAAUCGCUCCGCCUCCCCCCGGCUUUCUUCUUUUUUAGUCUGGAAGAAAUCCAGGGCUCUGUUUCUCCUCUCUAAGCCCCUGCUUCUCCUCCCCGAGUACCUAGGCAGCUUGGCAGCCCUCUGCUAGACUCAAUCCAGUGCAUCAAUGUGUUUCUCUUACUGGGAGGUGCAAAACUUAACCCAGUGCUCUAUCUGUAAUCUCACAGGUGCUGAAUACCCAGAAAGAGCAAUUUCCCCAAAACUGCUGGUUACGUUCUUGUUAAUAUUGUCUGUGCUGGAAAGGCACACUGCUGAUUCAU